ACACAGCCACAGCCAUGUCCUCCGCACCUUCCUCCCUUGCCAACUCUUCCUCUCUUCCCUCCUACAAAUCCUCCCUCUUCACCCACCCCUCGUCUCAGCAAACCAGCACAAGGAGAUAUCCAACUUCUCCACUACACACACCCCCCCACUCUCAUCCCAGUCAUGGAGAAGCUGGUCUCUCUGGCAGAACCAGUCGGCUUCCUCUUCCUUCAAACACUACUCAGCUAUAUCAUCAUGACACUCCUCAAGUCCUCCCCGACAUCCCUGUCCUUCCUCCGCUCCUGCGUCGAGUUCUGCACAUGCUUGUCGAUGGCCCACGACGAAACACCGGCCAAGAAUACAAGAAGCCGGCCGAGAGGCGAUGCCCAGCUCGGUAGGGAAGACGUGGAGAUGGUCAUGGACGUCAUGGGCCUGCGCUGUAGCCGCGACGGUGAGCCACUCAGGGAGGUCAGCCCCGAUGAGCUCUCGAGCUUGUUUGAGGAGAAGGAGCCGAGUCUGGAGGAAGUGAAAGAGACGUUCCGUGUCUUCGACCAGAACGGUGAUGGAUUCAUCGAUGCACUCGAGCUGCAGAGAGUGCUCACCGGGCUCGGCUUCGUGGAAGGGUUGGAAAUGGAUGCCUGCGGAAGGAUGAUCGAACUGUACGAUGAAAACCACGAUGGGAAGAUCGACUUUGUUGAGUUCGUGAGGUUGAUGGAGAUCAGUUUUUGCUAACACUGCUUCUCUUCCUCCUCCUUUCUGACCUGUACAAGUGUAUAAAAGAAAUGAGAAUAACAUUGAAGAUUGUUCUUACCAAAUCAUCUGUUAAUUGUCAUCCUUCCCGACCAAUUAUUUCCAA